AGUACAUUUGUAAACAAAAAGUAAACUCCGGACUGUUUGAACAUCUGCAACUGUUUUACCAGAACAAUAUGGGAAAGAUCUUACCAAACUUAGUUUAAAACCAGAAAUCCAUAAUGGCCACACAGGAGAAACUACAGAAAUCUUUGGAGACUCUAAAAAAUCUGUCAAACUCAUCAAAUGCAUCAGAACAAACAAGGAAAAAGGAAAUAAUACACCAUUGCCAUAAUGUUACUGAAGCCUUUUCCAACCCAACAAUUAAAGUGUCGACGAAUAUUCAAGUUCUUUUGAGUGUUACAAUUGACACCCUUUUAAAAUUAUGCGAUGAUUCUGAAUCAGAUAUUCGUAUGCUUGCUGGUGAAUGCUUAAACAGGAUUAUACUCGCUGUUAGUGAUGGUCACAUAAGGAAAGUCCAAAUAGAAUUACACGAGCAAAUAAAGAAAAAUAGUUCAGCAAGAUCACUAAGAGCUGCCCUGGUAAGGUUUGCCCAGUUAGCUCAUCAUAUUAAACCACAAAAGGGAAAAGCCUAUGUUAAAAAUUUAUUUCCAAGCAUCAUUAAAAUAUCGGAAUGCAGUGAAGAAUCAAUUCAUGAAACUUUAGCUAGUUGUUUGCCAAAAAUAAUGAAAGUUUUAGGAUGUUUUGCCCAAGAUGGUGAUAUAAAGUUGAUUUUAAAAGCUUUUUUGAAAAAUAUUUGUAGUACUUCACCCGUUAUAAGAAGAUCAGCUUCAAACUGUAUCUUAAAUACUUGCAUAUAUUCUCGAACACCAUAUGUAUUAUUAACCUAUUGUAUCAACAUUAUUUUAGAUAUGGUGCUUCCAGUAAAUGAUAACCAAGACAAUUAUGCAAUUCUUGGAACAUUAUAUUGUUUAAGAACUUUGUUACCAUCACUGAAGGAUUCAAAUCCAAUAAAUGAUGGGUUUAGCUACUCCAAAGAUAUUGAAAUAAUACCACCUUUAGCUCUGAACAAAUUUCUUCAAAUUUAUGAAUUAUGCCUGUAUUAUCUAAAUAAUUCCGAUCACAACAUCGUAAAUGCCUCUUUAGAAGCACUAAACAGUUUACUAUCAAAUAUAACAGAUGAGCUGAAGAGCAAACUGAUAUCUUCCAGUGGAAUUGACAAGUGCAGAAUACACAAAAGCCAAUCAUUUAAUAACAUAAGGUCCCCUAGCCAGUUAAGUAUAGCAACCAAUGUAACUUCUGAAGAUAAUUUAUUUGCUGAAUGUGAACUUACUGAGACUAUACAUGCAGAUAUUGAAAAAUGGAUUGGGGAAUCAAAACUAUCUGUAAUGACUAUGUCGCAAAUAAAUGUUAGUGAAAAAGCGAACGUUUUAGAUAGUCAUCCUGGGCCAAAUCUAAAUUUUCAAGAUUAUGCUAAUGUUUCAAGCCAACCAGAAAGAUAUGACUUGGAACUAAAGAGUAAAAGUAUCGGUGAUAACUUAGACAAAUACAGUGAGAAUUCUUCAGAAGAAAGUGUUACAGCUUCAGAGAGUGUCGACAAAUUAUUAUAUCCAGAAGUAGAUAUUCAGGAAAUCGAUAUUGGAAAUUACUUGGAUAAAUGCCCAUCUCUUUUGUACUGCACCAGACUGAUUACAAAAUCGUUUUUACUAAAUGGCUUACCAGGAAAUUAUAUUUCUGACAAACUUGUGAGAGUAUCUGUAAAAUCUUUAGCAUUAGCAUGCCUAUCCUCCAUAUUUCGAAUUUAUCCUCAAGGAUUCUUUAAAUACCUGGACAAGAAUUUUUCUGAUGCAAACAGAGGACAGUCGUGUAGGAUUAGUAGUCAAGGAAUAUGUGAUAUAAUGUUAUUUGCCGAUCACUCUGAUCCCCAACUAAGAGGGGCAGUGAGGGGAAUAGUAUCUAAUUUAGUUUAUUCAGUUCUAACAGAGAGCAAUUUGGAUUUUGAUGGUUGGAUGUUAAAUUUGCUUUCUACAGAAGGAAAUGUUUGUAAAAAUGGAAAGUAUUAUAGAAUUGAAGAUUUUAUUUCAAUAUUAUAUAAGGGUUUACAAGAUGAGAAUUCUAAUUGUUUGAAACAUACAUUGUUAAGUGUAAAUAUGAUUAUUAAUUUGUUAUUGGAAUCAAGGAGCUGUUAUAAAGUUAGUCCUCUUUUAAAUGUUUUACCACUUGUAGGUAAUAAUCCAUAUUGGUUAGUUAAGGUAACAUUGUGUGAACUCGUUUCAAAACUGUCAUAUGUAACAAUUUUCUACAUAACAGGAGACAAUAUAUUUCAAAGUAAAAUAAUACACAAUAUUUUGCUAGAAUUUUUAAAAGACAGUGAUCAAAGAAUUAGAACUGCUGCCGCCAAUGCUUUAGCAGAAAUAAUACCAAACUUAUAUUUCGAGGAAUAUCAUCCAAAAGAAAGUCUUACAACAACCAAAGCUCUUAGUAGCGAUUUUAAAUUUUCCUAUGACGAAUCUGAAACAAACUUGUACAAAGAAAAUUUUAUUGAGUCUAUGCCGUUUCCGUACUCGAAGAUCGGUACUGAUAUUUCAAAGCAAGUCGACUGUUCUUUGUCAAAAAUUAUCAUGAAACUAUAUUGCAAUAUAUUGUCAUCGAAUUACAAAUAUUUUAUUUAUGGUUGUAUUGAGGCACUUUCUAUACUUUCAACAUAUUACCCUUGUACAAUAUACAGAAAGUCUUGGUGUGAUUAUAAAAAUUAUAAAUAUAGCGAAGUUGACGUUUCCAUGACUUAUAGUACUGAGGAUCUUUUCACUUUGUGUGUCAACCUAUUAAGUAACUCAGUGCAUAUUUAUGAUAUACCUUUUAUCACCAAUCUUAUGAAUUUAGCUGCUAAUUUAUAUGCAGGCCAUGCAACUUUGUUACUAAAACCGGUAGACUUAUCCGAUACCAGCCACCAGACCUGGUCAAUGAUUCCCAGUAGUUCAAUUAAACCGCUCUCGGACGAAUAUCUGCUUCACACCGUCAAGCUCCUCAACAUUUUCCAUUGCGCCAUCAACGACAUAGUACCGGUCGUGCCGCAAUCCAAAACAGUGUUGCCUCAUUUGCCUUCUACUGGAACACUGUCGCCGAUAAAACGAAGAAGGAGCGAAGAUAAAAAGUCGCCGGCCGUUCCAGGUCGGAUUGUCAUUGAAAGAGACGAGAAAAUCGAUAAGAAGGAGCAUAUUAAAGCGGUGCAUGUCGGGUAUUUUGCCGGAUCUCAACAUUACAUGAAACUUUUUGAGGUACUUCGCAGUGCUUUUGUUAAUUAUAAGACAUCGUUGGAUCCAAAGGACUCUGGAAACUUUCUGGAACUACUAAGAAAAACGUUACGGACCCUAUCUGUAAUGCUAGAAGUUGCAACAUUAAAUGAGUUUGGACGCAUUUCUGAAGAAAUCUUAUCAUAUUUAUUGUCAACCUUUAAUUUAGAAACUACCAUAACUGUACAGUGUGUCCAACAGUUACUUAAAUGUCUGUUUGGAAGCAACUUAACAUCGAGUGUGACAGAUAUUCUAAAUGAGAAUAAAAAACAAAACGAAAAUGAGAAUUAUAGCUUCUAUUAUAAUAUUUUUCAAAAACCCAGUGAAGAAAUGUCGGUGUGUGUAAACUCUUUAAAAAACAUCAACAAAAUUGAGUGCGAUGGAGACAGUACAGUUAUGGGAUACUUGCACAGGCGCGACGUAAAGAAACCGAUUACUUUUACGAGAGCUUCUGAUAAAACUUUAGCAAACUACAUCAGAAUAUUCGAGCCCAUGGUUAUUAAGUCUUUAAAGGAAUAUACUGAAACUACUAAUGUAAAGCUGCAGUGCGCAGUUUUGCAAUUGAUAAGUCAGUUGGUUCAACUAGGGGUAAAUUAUUGUUUACUCGAUUCCGAGCAAGUAUUUAAAGGUGUCGUUCUAAAGCAGGUUGAGUAUAUAGAAGCAGGCCAAGUACAACAUUCCGAAGAACUCACCGCGAAGAUUUUUCAGUUUUUAGUCCACCUUUCUUACUCCAAACAACACUCUAAAAGUAUUAUAAACAUUCCAAAAAUUAUACAACUUUGUGAUGGGUUGAUGGCAAGCGGACAGGAUCCGAAAACACACUGUAUACCUGCAUUAAAACCAAUUGUUCAAGAUGUAUUUUUAAUCAGAAAUAGGACAAACACAAUUGAUAUGGAAGAGUUAGAAACAACAAGGGAAGUAAUACUUUCCAUGUUGCUACGUUUAUUAGAAUACAAGGAAGUGAUAGACUUGGUAUCAUUAGUACUGGAUGACAGCAAAUACUGUACCGAUGACGCAGAAAAAUGGUUUAGAUGGUCCGGACAAGUAAUGGUUGUGUUUCUACAACUGUUGAAACAAAACAAAAUUAAAAUCGACAGCAAAGAUGUUUUUGUUUCAUUGAAAAAGUUUAUUUUCGCCAUCAAUCCUAAUGUGUUUAAACCUGCAAAUGAGUUGGUUAUUAUGCUUUUCCAAACACCUCCAUCAACGGAAAAUAAAACAAUGUUGAAUAGGUGGAUCUCCAGAAUAAUUCUUCUGCUUCUUUUACUAUCUCCAUUAAAGGAAGACGAUCUCCAUUCAAUAAUAAGAAAUUCCAAAGCAAAAUUUAGCCCCGCUUCUGUUUUUGAGAAUAUAACCACUAUAGCUGAUCCACUGAACGUUAAGAAUGAUGCGGAGAGUUUCGAGAAUAUUUCCGAAGAAGAUAUAAUUGCGAGAAUGAUUUUUAGAGCGAUAACUAUAAUAUCUAAGGAGGUUUUAGAAGCUUUGAAAAAUGCAACGAAUCAUUUUCUAGUGAGCCAAUUUAAUGAAUUUUUGAUGUAUUGUUCGCAUAUGUUGCAAUCAGGAAGUCUUUGUAGAGUUUCUCAAGCAUCUGAUUCGAUACUAAGCAAAAAGAAUGCGACUGACAUAAAUGUAGAAUUAUUAAACGAACGCUUUGCGCUAAUUGGAAGAUGGCACCCGACACUGGCGUUCCAGUGGAGUCACGUUCUAAGUGUGUUAAAUUACAACGAUCUGACAUUUUGGAAAACGAUAAUUAAUACUAGCCUAUCUACUCCAAUCAACGAAACCAUAAUCAACAUAGGGAGUACCAUAGUUUUUUGUGAUUAUUUAAAUGAAAAUAUCUCAGAAACUAAGCAGUUAUCGUGGAAUUUAUCGGAGAAUUCCGAUAAUCUCGUGAAUUUAAUAGAUGAAAUACCUGUUUCAGAGUUUGUAACGUUUAUACAUCGAAAUGCAACAUUGAGUCGGGUUUUAAUACAAAGUAUUGCUCAGAAGUCGCCGGGUAAUCAGAAACCGUUAUUUAAAAUCAAAAUUCUGAAGUGCUUAGAAAACAGUCACGAUUCCCAAACAGGUGCCGUUAUCAAAUUGUUAAUACCCCAAAUGUUGAAUAAUCGUCAAAUAGCAAUUUCACGGUUGGUUGCAAAUCUAGCUAGCAGAAAAAUAGAAUAUCUAUUUACAUUGAGCAUAGAACAAGUACAUAGCCAGCUUUCCAAAGAAGAUUUGUUCAAAAUCAAAGAAGGACUAAAUGCCAUGCAUCUGGCUAAAAAGUACGAAACGUUAAUAAGUUUGCUAGAUAAACUACUGGUUCAAUACUAUGACAUGAGUCCUUUUCAAUUCAACAGAGAUCGUAUGGUUAAUACUGAACAUAUAAAAAAGUUACAAGUUAACAAAAAAUGGUUUCUCUCUCAAAUCCAAAAGCAGUACAGCGACGGAAGGUUACGGAAAGAAAAUGCAAAAGUGAUGGAGAAACUGGAAUAUAAUGAACUGACGACUUUUAUGUCGAGCAGGGAUUUUGAUAAAGUAAUUCUUAGAGACUGUAUUGAAGCAGGCAUAAGAAUACUAAGAGAUGAGCAGCUAAAAGAAGAACCGCCAAUUUUAAAAGCUAGCGUCAAUUGUAUUUUGAAGGAUAUUAGUGUUAUUAUCGAUGGAUCGUGUAAUAACCACGAAGUAUUCAAAAUUGUGGAGCCACAUAGUUCAUACGCCAAACAGAUAUUAGAAUCGUUUAAUGAAGAUAAUUUUGCAGCGCUGCUUUUCGACUUGAACGCAUCUUUAACAAUUUUAAUGAGAUCAUUGUCCGAUCUUCCUACACUACAAUUAUCCGAUAUCGACGCCGAGAAUAUCGCCAAGUUUGCCGUUUUGUCUUUAGAAUAUCUCAGAUUCGUUAUCAGUAAAGACGAAUCGGCUUUAAAUAUAAAUUGCCUGGACGUGAUCAUUACUUCUUCCAAUGAAAUACUCAAGCAAUCUCAAUUUUCCAAUUACUUAGGAUUAGAUAACAAUAUUUCUUGGCUGUGUUCCGCUAUAGACGUCCUGUAUUAUAUAGUUACAUACCUGUUAAGACACGAAGAACCUCUGCCAUCGAUAGAAACAAACUUAGUACGAUCAGAUACAGAAAAUAGUGAGACCAAAGAAGCCCGGGAUGCUUGUCACUCUAUAUACACCCUGAUACAGUGGCUUUAUAAGACUCAAAGUUCAGAUAUAAACAUACCCAGGUUUCUGUUCGAGCCGUUACGAAGUUUAGUGGUUUCGUUGUCUCGCUUACCCCUAGUUAAUUCGUAUAAUCUUGUUCCUUCUAGAGUGUGGAAGUUAGGUUGGGAGCCGACGAUGACGGGCAGGUUUUCGACACAAGUACCAGCGAUACCAAUUGAUAUGUUACAAGAAAUCGAUGUGUUUGAAGAGUAUCUUUUUAGAGUAAAUCUACUGGGCUGGACGACACGACAGCAAUUUGAAGAGACUUGGAUGAGUUUCCUUAGCGUUUUAUGGACGCCUCUCGAUAGCGUCGACUCUGUAGAUAUGAGUAAUACUUUACACGCUUCCAGUUUAGCCAUUAAAGCUAUCACGGUUUUGCUGUUGCAAACAAUGAGCUACCCAGUAUUAGGAAACAAGAAUGUAUCGGAAAUAUUGCACGUGUCAAGGAAUUCACGUAUACCGGAUACAACUAUAAGUAUAAGGAAAUUAAAAUUGGUUCAAAAUCACAUUGAACACAAAUUCAAGGAAUUAUCUAGUCGAUGUGGAGCAAUAGAAAUCCGAAACGUUUUUAGCAAUAAAAAUUUUGAAAAAGUUAAUUCACAAUACUCGUAUGGCCAGGUGUCCAUUAAAUAUUUUCUCACAGCUACAAAUCCAGAAGAACAAACUAAUAGUAAUAACUCGCACGCCUAUGAUGUUUAUAAAAAGAGAAAGAAAUUACUGGAUGAAAGUGGUUUAGACAUAAAUUCUUGUUUACAAUUUUUAUUGGACUAUUAUACACAACUUAUGAGAACUGAGUCUACAGUUACUGAUCUCAGAAUUCUCCACGAAACAGUGCGCUCCACUCUGUUCAUUUCCGACUUAUUUACCGACAAGGCACAGUUUAGCUGGAUGUUAGAAAUGUUUAUGGAGCUGGCAAAAACUCACGUUGUCGAAGACGAACUCAUCCAUCAGUAUCUCAUCGUCGGUAUUUGUAAAGCUGUCGCCGUCCUAACACCCGAGAUAGAAAUUUUCGAACAAACCAAAAAACUCCUAGUCCAAUUUCUGAAGAGUCCUUUCCUUUCUGCAAGAAUCUCUUGUCUAUAUGGUAUCUUAUAUAUUCUAGAAGGAUGUAUUCUUAGUAACACGACGAUUGGUGGAAUUUCCGAAGAACUACAGUUGAUAUUACCCUGUGCGGUGGAGUACGUUCAGCAGCAUUUAAAUGCAUCAAACGUAGUGUUGAAGAAAUGCCAGGAGCACACCAUGCUGGUGUGGUCGUUGACGUUUUAUUUGAUAGAAAACAUUGAGGAAGUACACAUGGAGGCCAAUUUCGUCGUUAAUACAAUGAACAGUGCUUUAACGGCGAUACAAAAUAAGUCAGUAGGAAAUCGAGUUCAAACCGAAAUUAUAAAGAGCUUAGAAAGACUUUUACUAAUAAAGCCUGAUAAAUUUGGCAAGAACAUUCAAAAACUAGCUUUGGAAAAAAUGAGGGACGAAAAUCCGUCAAUAACGAUUUUGGGAAUUCAAUUACUUAUUACCUAUAUGUAUGUUGAUUGUUGGGAACAUUUGGAAAAACUAGAACCAGACAGCGAACAAUCCAGUCCCGACCAUUUAGUGCAAACGAUAGAAAAACUUUCUGCUAUUUUCGAAAGGAUUAAGAAAAGUUACGCACUAGAAGUCGAGGUUUUGUGCUCGAUACUACCGAUGAUCUUAAAGGAUUUCUUUUCCCCUUCCGAUAUACUCACUAAGGUUAUUGGAGAGUUUUUGUCACCUCAGCAGCCAUACUUGAAGUUAAUGAGUGGAGUAGUAUUUCAGGUAUUUGAAACAGCAAUCCAACAGCAUCAACUCUCUUUGCUUCAAGAUUGGGUGGUAUAUAGCCUGGUCAACUUUACAAACUCCGUAUCCAACAUAGGCAACACGUGGUGCUUGACUUGUUUCUUUAUUAGUGCUAGUCCAAGCGAAUGGCUGAGAUCCUUCUUUCCUUACGUACAGACCCGAGUUGGCAGGUACGAAUACGAAGACAAGAAGAUAUUUUGCAUCGCCGGAGCAGAUUUUUAUAGGAAUUUAACUAGCGACAUGCAGAGGCAAACGUUUGUCGAUAACUUUGUUAAAGUGAAAGAUGAACUGGACAUGCCUUUCAGCGAUUUACUUAAUUCUCUAUAAAAUCCGGUUGUGAUUUGUAAGGCUAUCCGCUGACAGGCAGUUUUUAGUCAGCCGACUAUUUAGUUGCAGCUUUGUAACCAAUAUUCAAUCAAAUAGUUAACGAUCGGCCGCAGAAGAAUGUAUUAUUUUGUUUUCACGUUUGCAACUGAAUACUCGGCCAACUAAAAAUUGCAUGUCAGCGCCUAGCCUAAAGAGUAGACCAAAAAAACUAUAUUUAUAUAUAUAUAUAAGAGAAAAAAAGCAAAUAUUCUAAAUCUCGUUUCCAUUUAUUUGUUAAUGUUAUAUAAAGUUCUAAAAUAAAACCAGCAUUAUUUUUCAA